UCUUGAACUUGACAGAAUAGCUCUUUCUUUUUGCACUCAUCUUGUAUGGGGGUCAAAAUAUAAUUCCCUUUAAAUCUAUCAUUAAGUCAGGGGUCUCAAACUUGAUUUCAUUGAGGGUUAGGUUUAGGAGUGGGUGGCUUGGCUGCAGGAGCCCUGAAGUAAGCUAAUGUGCAUAUGGGGCAGCUCCAUUUCCUCCUCACCUGCCUUACCUUGUCUUCCACUACCUCUUGCCUCACCUCAUGGCCUCAGCACUGGUGUACCGCUCGGCCUCCAUUGUGGCUGUGAGCAAGCAGAAGAAGUGGAAUGGCAGCCAUGCAGGGUCUUGCUGGAAGGGGCUGUUAGAGCUGUUGUCACAAGGCGAGGCAGGUUUUGCAGCGUGAAUGAUCUGGUUGAGGGGGCCCUGAGGUAAACCAGUGUGGGGCAUGUGGGACAGCUCUAUCCCCUGCCUUGCCUCACGGCCAUGGCACCAGCACAUUGCUCAGCCUCCUGCUCCAUUGUGGCCACAAGCAAGCAGAAGAAUUGGACCAGCAGCCAUGUGGGCUCCUGUUGUAAGUGGCUGCUGGUGCUGCCACCACGAGGCAGUUGUUGGGGCAUGGAUGGCCUGGUUAUGGGGGCCAUGAGGUAAGCCAGUGAGCAUGUGGGGCAGCUUCACCCCCUCUUCUCACCUCAUAUCAAUGGCAGAAUGGGCGACCAGCUGGCUGCCUAGGAGGUUAAGUAGGGCGUAUUUUGGGAGCAGGGCUUAUAUUUGGCACUCAUGCAAAAACCAUGCUAGGAUUUAUUUUUGGGAUAGCUCUUAUUUUCGGGGAAACACAGUAUUAGAAUUUCAGAGAUGAGUGCAUAGCAAGUGAUUGAAUAAUUUCCUUCUUCUUUUCUUUGUUCUGCUAUUACCAAUACUUUUUAGCCUGUUUGUUUCAGAAACACUCCUCACAGUUGCAGACGUGAGAAAACUUGCAACAAAUCCAAAUGACUAACCUAACAGAUGAUAAUCAAUGGACCUCAAAUUCAACAUUUUAUGAUUAUACCCCAAUAGAAACAAAUUAUUGCAAUAUGGAUGAGACCUCCAGGUUCAGUGCUAUGUUUACUUGCAUCCUUUAUUCUCUGAUUUUCUUCUUCAGCUUGGUAGGAAAUAGCCUUGUCUUGUGGAUCGUGAUGAAAUAUGAAAACCUCAAAUCUUUAACAAACCUCUUCAUCCUGAAUCUUUGCAUCACUGACUUGAUCUUCUCGUGCACUCUGCCUUUCUGGAUUGUAUAUCAUUAUUAUGGAUGGAUUUUUGGUGAUUUUCUCUGCAAAGCAGUAAGUGCUAUCUUUUCUAUCAGCUACUAUGGUGGUGUCAUCUUUCUCACUAUCAUGACUAUCCUGCGGUACCUGGCUGUGGUUGAUCCCUUAUCAACCAUGAGAACACAGACCAAAAAAUGUAGCAUUCUGGUGAGCAUGACCAUUUGGAGCAGCAGUAUAAUGGUUGCAGUACCUGAGAUCAUUUUUACUGAAGUCAUAAUUGAUAACAAUGGCAAACAACACUGUGAGUAUGAAGAGUCAUUCAUCUGGAAACUAAUAGAGAUGAGCCUGCAAGUGACAUUUUUCCUCCUGUCUUUUCUUGUUAUAGUAGCUUGUUACAUUGGGAUGCUUAAAAUUUUGCUUAGAACACGAUCUCAAAGGAAGUACAGAACUGUGAGACUCAUAUUUGCUAUUGUGGUUGUCUUUUUCCUGAGUUGGGCUCCUUACAAUGCGUUUAACUUUGUGUACGUUUUGUCUAUUCAACAUGUCAUCAAGCCAGAAUGUCAAACUCGCAAUCAUAUCUUUUUUGCUUUUGAUAUCAGUCGCAAAGUGGCCUACUGUCACUGCUGCAUCAACCCAAUCCUCUAUGUCUUUGUUGGAGUGAAAUUCAGAAGGCACCUAAAACUCCUGUACAAACAAUUGUCCCCUUGUCAUAGCAGAAUCUCUCCCUCCAGCCCAAGAAUGCAUUCAUCUCACUUGGGUCCAUAUGAUGAUGCAUCCAUAUACUGAAGCAAAGAUUCCUGGACUGGAUGAGAUGCAAAGCAAGACAACCAAUAUGAGAAGCUAAACAGAAUAACUGACAAGCUCUCCAGUUAUUCAAAGUGUAUCUAAUUUUUCUGGUUGUUUUCACUGAAUUUUCUGCCUUACUAGCAAAUUUUUUUUUUUUCCAAAUAGACUAUCAGAUAUUUUCUUUUGAUUUAGCCUUCUUUCAAAUUAGAAAUGAAAGGUGCACUGUUUUAUGUAAUGUCAAUAUAUUUAUGUUUUUAAGAUAGUAUAAUGGUUUUAAUCUUUGCAAUAUUAUAAUGAUUUACAAAUCAAUAUACUGUUAUGUAGAACUUGACCUGCUAACAUUAUUUGAAAUGUAUGUUGAAUGAGAAGAAUUAAAUUGUCCAAAGGCAUGAACUGCCUUCUAACCUUAAUGGAUUUAGAGAAAGCAUGAUGACAUAAAAAUGGGAAGACUGAAUGCAUAUAGGAUAGUUAUAAAUAGAAGAUAAUAAAUAGAACUCCUCUCCUCCAAUUCCAUUAAGAUUCAGUGAAAGAAAUAGAUUUAUUUCCAAAUGAGAAUAUUUUCUUAAAGCCUCUUAAAAUUAAAUCUGAUAAAGAAUUAGCCACAAAUAUAUAACAUGAUUGAAAUGUGCAAUUUAUUGAUUCUUUAAUAGGCUUGUCAACCUGAAAGCAUUAUAAUAUUUUAAAAUCAAUAUAGUCCCAAAAGUCCUCAGUGAUCCUUUAUACAUGACGAAUAGUCAUUAACCAUUCUUGAAUCCAUAACAAUUAUAUAUUUUGAAUUAUGAUUUUUAUUAAUCUCAAAAUC